AUGAGUCAUCGGUUCUGUCGGGUCUCAGCCUCUGAGCUGUGCGCUCUGCUUCGUCCACGAAGGUGGACAGUCGUGCUGGUCACAACUCCCUGCUUUGCCCCAAUCAUCUGGGACGGGACCUUUGACUCUGCCAUCCUGGACACGCCAUUCAGAAACACCACCAUCGGGCUGACUGUGUUUGCCAUCAAAAGAUACGUAGUCUUCCUGAAGGUGUUCCUGGAGACUGCAGACAAGUGCUUCAUGGUGGGACACAAGGUCAACUACUACGUCUUCACUGACCAGCAUGCUGACGUCCCAAACGUCCUCCUCCAGGAAGGCUGGCAGGUGGUGAACCUCGAGGUCUGCAAUUACCCCUGCUGGCAGGGCGUGUCCAUGCACCGCAUGGAGAUGAUCAGCAACUUCUCCAAGAAGUGCUUCCUGCAUGAGGUGGACUACCUGGUGUGUUUAGAUGAGGACAUGAUGCUCAGCGACCACCUGGGUGUGGAGAUACUCUUCUCCUUGUUUGGCACUCUCCACCCUGGCUUCUACAUUGCCGAUCACCAGACCUUCACGUAUGAACACUGCUCAUUGUCUCAGGCCCACUUUCCGAGAGAUGAAGGUUAUUUCUACUAUGCCGGCGGCUUUUUCGGGGGCUCAGUGCUACAGGUGCACAGGCUUACCAAGGCCUGUCACCAGGUGAUGAUGGUGGACCACACCAAUCACAUCGAGGCUGAGUGGCAUGACGAGAGCCACCUGAACAAGUACCUGCUGUGCCACAAGCCCACCAAGGUGCUCUCCCCUGAGUACCUGUGGGAUGAGAGGAUGCUGUGCAGACCACCUUUCCUCAGGAAACUGCGAUACGUGGCCAUGCCCAAGAACCACCAAGCCCUCUGGAACCGAGGAGAAAACACUUUCUCCAUUAAUUCUCACAUGCAGGCAUGCCCAGUCCUCCUCACCCUCUGGCUCUGCCUCAGUGGGCUCCAGGUGACCCAGCUGUGCACAGAGAAGGAUGUCAAGGCUGCAACAAAGCUCUGCGUGACCGCUUUCCUCCAGCAGGGAGAGCACCUGAACUCAUUCCUCCAGGGGAUCUAG